UCAGACACAAAGAUCACUCAAAACCAACCAUCGAGUGAGAGAGUGGUCAACGAAAAAGAGAACCUUUCAGUUGAAUCAUCAAAAUAUGGAUCAAAUAAAAGUGACGUGUCUUUAGAUAAACAAGAAUCUGAUGAAUCAGUUGUUGACAGAAGUGGUGAAACAGAACCUAAAGUACAGAAACCUGUAAUAAAAGGACGAAAAAUAUUACGGAAAGCCGACAGAAAUAGAGAAGAGAGGGCUCACGAAGAACCAGAUGUUUGUGAGGAUAAAGAGGUGGAAGUGUUGAACAAAUUGUCUGAAUUAGAGAUAUCAUCGGUUGAGGAGAAAGCUAUCCAAUCAAGUGAUUCACUAAUAAGUGAAAUGAUUGAAAGUGAUGUUAAAUCAGAAGAACCCAAAUCUGAAGAAACAGCUGUUGAAGGAAGUGAUGAAAAGGAGUGUAGAGUAGAGAAGACUGUAAUAAAAGGACGAAAACUAAUACGAAAAGUGGAUAGAAGUAGAGUUGAGACGACUCCCGAAGAAUCUAAUGUUUUCGACGAAAAGAAAACAGAAGUGUUGAGCAAAUUGUCUGAAUGUGAAGUAUCGUCGGCUGAGGAGAAAGUGAUUGAAUCAAGUGAUUCACCGAUGAGUGCGACCAUUAAAAGUGACCUCAAAUGCUCGGAACCACAGUCUGAUGCAACUACUGGUGAAGGAAGUGAUGCCUCGGAGACAAAAGAUAACAAAAAUAUAAUAAAAGGACGAAAAUUAAUACGAAAAGCGGAUAGACUUAGGGAACAGACGACUCACGAAGAAUCUGAAGUUUCUGAGGAAAAGAAAGCAGAAGUGUUGAGCAAAUUAUCUGAAGUGAAUCCGACCAACAAAUGGAACAAUUGGUUCAGUGAUAUCAAGUCGGCCGCAAUGACAGCCACGUCAACGACUGUUAACCACAUGAGCAACGCUUCCAAUAAGUGGUCGUUUGAUACAAAGUCGUUGCUGUCGGGCGCUGUCACCAUCACAUCAACUGUCGGGACUGGACUCAACUCAAUCGUUGAUAAUGUGAGUUCAGUGGUGGACACAGCCAUAGGUGUGCCCCCACCCGAACAAAUGGCUGCUCUCGUCACUCAAGACAUGGACUCCGAGACAAAUACUAGACUCGGAGGCCCUUCACAACAACCAAAUGAAGUGACAAAUGAGUCUUCCAGUGAAUCGAGUUUUAGGUCAUUAUUCGACUCAUUCAGUGGUAAGAAAACAACAGGUGCUGUAAUCCCUAACAUAAGUGAUUUUGAUAAACGAAAAUAAUAGGGAAUCGAAAUUUUAUUCAAACACUUCAAUGUUAUUCAAAUGGUUUUAUAAGAUUUAAG